CGAGAAUUGGGAAGACUGCUUUACCGCCGCCGCCACCGCUGGAGGUUUCUCCCUCUUCAAAAUAGCCACUGGCUGUAGUACGCGGUUCCACGUGGCUCAGCGACUCCACGCGACGCCAGGCGACUCUACGCGACUCUACGCGACUCUACGCGACUCCACGCGACUCCACGCGACUCCACGCGACUCUACGCGACUCUGUUACGUGACGUCGCCCACGGCCCGGCGCCACCAAGAAGCUGCGCUCGCCUGCCACUGCUUUCGCCGCGAUUCUAUUACUACCUGUCGCGAAUCUACCUUUCCUGAGUUUCUUGAAGAAUCCGUCGCUCGACUCCUGCCACUGCCAGCGUCGCAUGAUCGGUUGGCGACAGCAUGGGCGACUCGUCGGACGAGCAGCGGAGAACCCGCGGCGGCUUCAGCGGCGUGCGACGAAUCGGCGCCGCCGCCGAUUCGGAAAGAGCCGCCGCCGCCGCCGCGCCGAACGUGACGGCCGCCGGCAGAGGCAGCUCCGCCAGUGGGCCAUCCCGGCCGCCGCCGAUCGCGUCGCAAUCGCCGCAGCAGUCGCAGCGGUCGCAUCGGUCGCAGCAGCAACCCUCUGCGACUGGUCGCCCUGCUGCUAUCAUAAGCGGCGCGGAAGGCAAUGUUGAUCCGAUCAAUAUUUCUGCACAAAAUUUCGCGGCGGCGGCGACUGCGGCGUCGCGGCGGCAGGCGCAAGAUCUCGCGGUGAUCCAAGCGGCGCUUGACGGCUUCGCGCACCCGCUCGACGGCGUCGGCGGAGGAGGCGGCGAGGUUGGCGGUGAGGGUACCGCCCGCGAAAGUGGCGACGCGGAGCACGCAGGCCGCCUCGCCCGUGAUUGCGACCCGGCAAGCCACAGAGCCGCCGCCGCCGCCGCCGCCGUCACCGCCGCAGCGCCCUUCGGACCAGCCGACGCACUGGGAGGUGGCUCGGCAAACGAGAGAACGGCCGCCAGAGGAGACCAGAGCGCGUUUGGCGGCGCCGCCAUCCCGUCAGCUAGCAGCCCCGCCGCCCUGGCCGCCGCCGUUAACACCACCGUUUCUGUCUUAUCCCAGAGCGCUAAACCCGGCCCUUGUAGCGUUUCUAGUGGCGGGAUCAGCGGAGGCAGCAGCGGCAGCAGCAGAGGAGGAGGAGGCAGCGGAGGCGGAAGAGGAGGAGGAGGAGGAGGCGGAGGCGGAAGAGGAGGCGGGGGGGGGAGUGGAAGCAGGGGGGAGUUUCGUCAGCGGGAGAGGGAGGGACUCAGCGCCGCCUUGACGGGCGGCGGCGGCUCAGGCGAAGGCGCGGCGGCGUGGAGCCCGAGGCGACGCGCGUCGCGGAUGUGGAAGGGGCGCCUGGCAGGCGCUGGGGGAGGGGGCACCCCGGUUGACGCCACCGACGGCAGUGGUGGCGGUGGCGGCUGUGGCGGUGGCAGCGGUGGCAGCGGUGGCAGCGGCGCAGGGUUCAGGGGUUUGGAGGCGUGGCAGCCCCGAGCUAGCCUGCUGAGGCCGGCUGACAAGGCCGGUGCAGCGGGGAAGAGCGGCGCAGCAGAGGAACGCGAGAAGAGUGAGGGGGUGGUGGCCGCAGCAGCAGAAGCACCCCAUCGUGAGUCGGCUGGGGCUGGGGCUGGGGCUGGGGCUGUGUCAAAGUUGAAGCUGGUGGGGAGGCCUGAGCUCGCCCUCCUGCUACCACGAGACAUGGUUGGAGGGGCCACUCCUGAGACCUCCCCCGUUGCCGCCUCCACCCCUCGAGCUGCCUGGUAUUUCCAGCGCCACCCCGCUUCACCAUUCCCCUCCUCUGCCUCGGCAGGUUCUGGUGGCUUCACCGCUGCUUCUAACGUUGCUUCUGCCUCUGCUGCUGCUUCUGCCGCCGCCGCCGCCGCUGCUGCUGCUGCUGCUGCUGCUUUUUCCCCUCCAAGCAGCCGCCUUUCCUCUCCAAGCGGUCAGCUUCUUCCUGCCGCACACUCCCUUUCUCACUCUCUCCAAUGCUCUCUCCCUCGCACUCUUACCGCCCAGCGCCGCUCCUCCUGGCCGAGCAUCGCCACCCACACCGACUCCUUCCCAUCACAUGACCAGCCACCUGAAAAAUCACCUGAACUGGGACACGCCCUUUCUCCUGCAGGUGCUGCGGCGCUGCUCCCAGGUGGUUCAGGAAUGGACAUAGACGUGCCAGCAGCAGCAGCAGAAGAAGAGGGGGAUUCCCUUCACUCUCCAUACACCCUCUGGCUCCCAGACCCCCCCCGCAGCCACAGACGGCCGAUCACCAUGGAAUUGGCUCAGCGGUUACCAGCUCAGGGCCGUUUACCGUUACUUCCGUCCUCGGUGUCUCUAGCAUCAUCGGCAUCGGCAUCGUCGUUGUCGUUGUCACCGCUGUCAGGGGGAGCCUCGCCCGCAGCACGCAUGCUGGCGCUGAGGGGCCUGAGGCGAGUUGCCACCAUGUCUGCUGCCGUGGGGAGGGGCGGAGGGGAGAUAGGGGGAGGUGACAGAGGAGGAGAGAGGGGAGGAGGAGAAAGAGGAUUUGGUACGUGGGUACCAGCCGGUAGCAGCAGGGGCACCCAUGAGUCUUCCCCUCACAGCCGGGACACGACCAACACCAAUGCUUCUAGAGCUGUGUGGGAGGCUCUCUUUCCUUUCCCUCGCUCCCCAGCGCCUGCAUUCGCUGCUUUUGGCUCUGCUGCAGGUCUUGCCUCUGCUUCUGCUGCUGCUGCUAGUGUAGCUGCUGCUGGCUCUCCCGCCUCUUUAGUGGCCUCCUCGUCUCCCGUCAGUGUGAACGCACCCUCGCCUGCUUCCUUGCCACCCACUGCUGCUUCUACUCCCCGCCUUGCUGUCCCCCCUCCCCCUCCUGCUGCUGGUGCUGCUGCGGCUUCUGUUACUGCUGCUCCUUCUGCCGCUCCUGCUGCUGCUGCUGCUGCUGCUCCUGCUCCAGACGCAGUGACAGCAGCAGCAACAGCCCUGACAGACUGCCUCGCGGCUGCGCUCAACCUCUCGGACGACUCCCAUGCCCCUCCACUCUCCGCCAACCCUCCACCCUUCCACGCCCAUUCACCCCACCACGCCCUGGCGUCAAGCCAUUUGGCAAGCCAAUUCCAACGGACCAGUGCUGCGCAACCCAGGCGCAGCAACUUAAACCAGCCCCGCAGGUCCGGCCCGGGCCAGCUGGCUCGGCUCGGACGAUGCAGCCAGGAGGUAGCACAGGCAGGAGGGAUGCAAGCUGGUGGGAUGGCAGAAGGGGGAGGUGGAGAGAAGGAGAGGGAGCACAGUCAGGAGGGCAGGAAGCACGAGCGGUCAGUCAAAGACGAAAGCACGCUGGCGACCAUUCAUUCUGGUGCUGCUGCUUCUGCUGCUGCUGCUGGGGAUGAGUCUGGCUUCCACUCGGCCAAGAGAGCACGCCUACAUUCCAAUCCGCAGCAGCCAAAGGAGCAGCAAAAAGAGCAGCAAGGGCAGAAGCAAGAGCAAGAGCAGCAGCAGCAGCAGCAGCAGCGGCAGCAGCAAGUUCAGUUCCAGUCUCCUCGUCUGCAUCCUCCUUCCACGGGCUCUCCUUCCCCUCCGUUCCAUCCCGACCCUCUUCUCCAAGAUCUUUUUCUCGGCUUGCCCACGCGCCCUCCCCUCCCCUCCUCUCUCUCCUCCACCGGCCAACUCCCAGCAUCAGCGUCAACAGCAGCCGCAGCCACAGCAGUCGUAGCAGCAGCAGUGGCAUCAGCAGGAGCCACACCGCGGGCAGCAGCAGCAGCGUUUGCACCCUCUGCAAUGCCUGCUUUGGGUGCAUUUUCUGGGUUCACUACCCAUCUAGCUGCCGCCAACACACCCGCUGCUGCACAAGCACCAGAAACACCAGCAGCAACACCAUGUGCAGGCAACCCUGCCCCUUCAGCCAUUCAUCUCCCCCUGCCCAUUAUCCAGCUCUCAUCCCACCGGCCCAUCGUCCCUCGCAGCGCCUGGGCUCAAGGGCUCGUGGCCACACACCUGGCAGCACAUGCAGGCAUGCCAGCAGCAGCAGCAGAGCAAUUCCCCCCAGCCAUAGAUGCCACAAUGCAAGCUCAGAUGCACAUGCAUAUGCAUAUGCCCAUGCCCAUGCACAUGUCCACGCCCAUGCCCAUGCAUAUGCAAAUGCCCAUGCCCACGCCUAAUCCUACCCCCAUGCCCAUGCCCAUUGACUCGUCUGCAGCUGCACCCACCCGCAUGCCGAUCCGCGUGCCUUCGGCCGAUUUUGCCACUUCAUUCGCAUUUAGCAAGCCUGCAAACGUCCCCCCUCGGCAGGCUUCCUCCUUGGACGCCUUCACUUGCACACAUAGCACGAGUGGCACAACCGGUACAGUCCCUGGGAAUAAAUUGGUUGAGGAAGGCAUCGAUACUGUGAAAGCUGUUGGGUCAGCACAGGGCUCCAAGGAGGGAGCACAAGGAGUAGCAACUGAGUUUUUUUCAGAGGUGGGGGAUAGAAGCUCUGAGGGCAGCCCCUCGAAAGGGAUUCUCCUUUUUGGCGAGUGGAUACCUAAGAAGCCAUAUACCAAGUAAGAUUCAGUGGGUGCAAUGUGUUGGUGC